UAUGCUUGGUGUUGGUUCUCUGCAGCCUGCAAAGCAAGGGGCUCUGAUCUUAGGGUUCAUUUCAAGAACACCAGGGAAACAGCUUUUGCCAUUAGAAAAUUGCCUUUGGUUAAGGCAAAGAGGUAUUUGGAGGAUGUUAUGGCUCACAAGCAGGCCAUACCAUUCCAACGCUUUUGUGGAGGCGUUGGACAUACAGCACAGGCAAAGAACAGACAUUCUAACGGGCAAGGUCGCUGGCCUGUAAAAUCGGCCAAGUUCAUUCUAGAUUUGCGGAAGAAUGCUGAGAGCAAUGCCGAGGUCAAGGGUUUGGAUGUCGAUGCACUCUAUAUUUCUCACAUCCAGGUAAACCAAGCCCAGAAACAAAGGCGUCGUACAUCUUACAUGUCUUCUCCUUGCCACAUUGAGUUGAUUUUGUCCGAGAAGGAAGAGCCUGUCAAAAAAGAGCCUGAGACUCAAUUGGCAGCAAGCAAGUCCAAGUAA